UCCGUCUGGGCUUUGUAUGCUGAAAAUGGCCAAACUAAAGUCCUCUAUUACAUUAAUGUCUUUUUCCUUCCACUAAUCUGUUUCCGACAGAGCGUAUCAGAACCUGAAGUUCCUGCAGUGCCUCCUCCUUCCCUGCAGGGAAUUGAAGAGUUGUCAGAGGCUGUGGCGGCGCUGGGCACAGUGGAGGAGGUCAUGAAGUACCUGGAGCCGGAGCGAUGGCAGCUGGACAUGGAGGAGCUCUACAAACCCACAUGGCACAUCCUGGGGAAGUCCUUCAUCCAUAAUAAGAAAGCCAGAGGAGGAGCUGAUCUCAAUCUGUUGAGGGAGGAAGUGCGACUGUACAGCUGCACACCACGGAACUUCUCGGUGUCCUUGCGUGAGGAGUUAAAGAGGACAGAUGCCAUUUUCUGGCCCAGCUGCCUCCUGGUGAAGCGCUGUGGUGGAAACUGUGCCUGCUGCUCUCACCGCUGCUACGACUGUCAGUGUGUCCCUGCGAGGGUCACCAAGAAAUACCAUGAGGUUCUACUGCUGAAACAUCGAAGCGGUGGACGAGGCCUGCAGAAGUCGAUGACUGAUGUGCCCUUGGAGCACCAUGAGGAGUGUGUUUGUGAGUGUAAGGAUGACUGGGACUGACCUAAGACAUGUUUAAUAGCUGUCACUGGAACCACACAGGAUGUUAGAAAUGAACCUUUGCCUUUGUUGCAGUGUUCUGUUUCUCAUCCACUUCCACUGGGAGCUAACAAGAUUCUCUUCUUAUCCUGUUGUCCUUUUGCUAAUUGGAUGAAGCAGAACAGACUAGAAUCUAAUAAAUCUUCUGAAUGGACUUGACUGCUGUGGAAUACCAAUAGUGUGCUCUGGGUGCAGUUUAGAGAGACUUAAAUUCACUGGAGCAGAUCUGGACUAUUACCUAUGGGCUCUGAGGACAAUUUUCUCCGACUCCUCCGAGAUAAGAACUGUAUUUGGCAUUGAGGCUUUUUCGCCUCUUCUUCUUGAGGUCCUUUUUUUUAAGUCACCAGCGUGGGCUGAUAGUGUCACGGAAAAUGGGAGCUUCUUUGUUCAAGUGUUUUAUGUUCAUAAGUGAGCUGGCUCCGGCUGCCUUACUCCCUGUAUGUGCUCCUCUAUUAUUACCAUCGAGGCAAAAAGGUGUUUUUCAUGAACGCUCUUCCUUUGCUGCUUCCUUGUUUCACCACAAAUUUAACACGGUGUCUCUAAAAUGCCUUUCUAAUGAGACUGUGUUAUGUGUAAAUAUUUCAUUUUCAUUGCCUUUCUGUACUAUUUUGCCUUUUCUACCAAAGAGUCUCAAGAAAAACAUGGAAGUUGCACAUGUACAACCAGUCGGACGUUCAUUAUAGCUCUGCAUUUGACCCAUGUCAGCAACGCUUUGUGUCAAAUCAGCUUUUUUCAGGAACACCUAGCAUCACGCUUUUCUUGUUACAUUUGAGAUUGUUCAUAUUAAAUAUUUAUUUGCUUAAUGAAAGUGAAAUGUUGGUCCAAAGUGUUUUGUUUGCUUAAUGUGUACAGUAGUAUUAGCCUCCAUUUUCUUUGUUACUAUUUUUUCAUUGCCUUUUGAAUUGUGGAUGUUUUCAUUUUCUGUUUUGCCAAAGGUGUUUCUGUAUGUUUCAUGUUAAUGAACACCAAAAAUAAA